AUGUUGGUCAGCUCUCUCCUCAUUUGUCUGUCCAGUCUGGCUGCAGCACAAUCUCUAAUUGCUGAGCGUGCUAUAUCGGGCUGCUAUCCCCUUGCCUCCAACAGCACCGGCGACUCUUCAAGUUUUAUCAAGACGAGCAAAUCACCGCAAGGCUUUGUAUCGGCAGCCCGAGGCUGGAAUUCCUGGGGCAUUCAGGCCAAUCCCAGGACAAUACCCGGCUAUUCUUCAACUAUUGCACCCUACGUCAAUCAGAGCUUUAUUAUUGAGCAGUGCACUGUCCUCUCUGGCUCUGCUUUUGUAGCUGCGGGGUAUGAUCUUUGCAGUAUUGACGAUUACUGGGACAGUACCGUCUCGGAUGAAUAUGGCCGCAUCACUUACAAUGCCACGCUUUUUGAUAUGCCGACUCUGGCCACAAAGCUACAUGACAUGGGACUCAAACUGGGUCUAUAUGCUCGGCCGAGCGCGCCGUGUGAUGCUGCUAACAAGACCAUAUCCAAUACCGACAUUCUCGUUGGGUCUCUCUUCAUUAGCGGCUUGGAGGAUGCAAGGGGCAACUGCUACCUAAACUACAGCAAUCCAGACACGCAGCUAUGGCACAACGCAUUAAUCGAUCUCUGGGCAUCCUGGGGUGUGGAUAUGAUCAAACUCGACUUUCUCACGCCGGGGUCCAUUAUCGGGAGCCUUCCUAUACCCGACAAUACCAGCGCUGCUGCGAUUGCCUACCAUGACGCCAUCACCAAUAACGGGCGCCAGAUUCGUCUCGACCUUUCGUCCAACGUCUGCCGAAAUGAGCCGUACCUGGGAAUAUGGAAGUCUAGUGCAGAUUCUUUCCGCAUUGCUGUCGAUAUCAACAGCUCGGGCGCCGCAAAGUUCCUGGGCUCCAUGUGGAAGGUCCAAGGCACUAUUGAACAGUACCGGCAAUACAUCAACCUAUUGGUGGCUGCAGAGGAAACCAUGAGCUUACACCCUGAUUUUGACAACAUGUUUGUUGGUAACCCAGAGAGUGUUUCUGGCGUGACAGAUGCACAGCGCAUCACCAUUGCAAGCCACUGGAUCGGCGCCUCUGCCAACUUGAUUCUGGGUUCCGACAUGACGAAUAUCGACGAUCUCGGCCUCAAGCUUGCCACAUCUCAAGAGUCCAUCGAGGCGGCAAAGUUUUGUGGCCGCUAUCCGAUGCAGCCGCGCAAUCCCGGGACGGGCAGCAACCAGCCGAUGCAGCUCCAGGCCUGGAUCGCCGGUCCCGACGAUGACGGACAAGCAUAUGUGCUCUUGACCAAUCUCGGUGCCAACUUGGGCAGAGGAGGUUACGUGGACCUUGGGAGUGGACUGCAGAAUGUGUCAAUCACCUUGGGCGAUUUGGGAUUGACGGGAUCCGGGUAUGUUGCUACAGAUGUGUGGUUUGGAAACGUGACUACGGUAGAAGCCGGAGGUGGUCUCUCGGCACUCUUGGACGAUGGCAACUCUCAGUUUUUGCGCCUGACACUUGCGACACAAGGUUCUACCUAG